AUGGGUGAUGAUGCUGAGAUCCCUCCAAGUGAGGUGCUCCCAAAAAUUGAAGUUCCUUUAGAUCCUUCCUCUGUUAAAGGAUUUAACUGGUGGAGACGUACAUUACAAUACAACACUGGACUUGGCUUGACACCAGAAGAAAAGCUCAGCUAUGAGAAGGAUUAUGCUUAUGUAGUACAAAAUAAGCAGUGUAAGCAAUGUUACGAAAAUCGGGAUUGGUUAUUGAAGUAUUCUCCUACUGUGAUAUUUAUGACACAGCAAAUUGCGAAGCUCAAUAAGAUACAGAAUAAAGAAGAUAACUUGAAAUAUGAUGAAUCGAAGAUUAUAUGUGACGCGUGUCCUGAUUGGAAGUCUGGUGGCUUUAACCCUGAGCUAGGGAUUUUAUUAUGUCAGAAUAGGUUGCGUAAUAAGUGGCAUAUGGAAGAUACAUUAGCGCAUGAAUUAGUGCAUCAGUUUGACAAUUUGAAAUUCGAGGUUGAUUGGCUAAACCUGAGGCACCAUGCCUGCUCAGAAAUCCGGGCAUCAAAUCUGAGCGGAGAGUGUAGAAUAAUGCAAGAAUUUAAAAGGCGAGGCUUUCGAUUUGAUAUUGGCAAGGGCCAUCAAAACUGUGUCAAAAGAAGAGCUACAUUGAGUGUUAUGGGAAAUCCUAAUUGUAAAGACAGAGAGCAUGCCGAGAAGAUUAUCGAUGAGGUCUGGGAUUCCUGUUUCAAUGAUACAAGGCCAUUUGAAGAAAUUUAUAGGUGA